AUGGCCGACAUUGCAGCGCAAAAAGCGGCCCUCCAGCAGCCUAACGGCGUCUCUUCCGCCGUGGCCACCAAGGCUGUUGUUGUCGUGCCUCCGCCCCCGGCCCCCGAGGGCGCUGUCGUCGCAGAAGCCCACCUUGUCGAGACACAUUACCCUCCUCCGGAAAUGUUUAAGAGGCAUUCCUGUAAACCCCACAUCAUGGGUAUGGAGCACUACCAGAGGCUCUACGAGCAGUCCAUCCGUCAACCUCACGAGUUCUGGGGACGCGAAGCCCGAGAGCUCCUCAACUGGUCCAAGGACUUCCAGACCGUUAGCACCGGCUCCCUCCCCACCGGCGAUGUAGCCUGGUUCGUCGAGGGCGAGCUCAAUGCCUCGUACAACUGCAUCGACCGUCAUGCUUUCAAGAACCCCGACCAAGUCGCCAUCAUUUACGAAGCCGACGAACCCGGUGAUGGCCGUAGCGUCACUUAUGGCGAGCUCCUCCGCCAGGUCUCCAAGACCGCCUGGGUCCUCAAGCAGAUGGGUGUGCGAAAGGGUGACACCGUCGCCAUCUACCUCCCCAUGAUUCCCGAGGCCGUCGUCGCCCUCCUUGCUUGCGUUCGUAUCGGCGCCGUCCACUCCGUCGUCUUCGCCGGUUUCUCCGCCGACUCCCUCCGCGACCGCAUCGUCGACGCCAAUUCCAAGGUUGUCAUCACCACCGACGAGGGCCGACGUGGUGGCAAGCUCAUUGGCACCAAGAAGAUCGUCGACGACGCCCUGAAGCAGUGCCCCGACGUCAAGAACGUCCUCGUCUACAAGCGCACCGGUGCCGAGAUCCCCUGGACCGAGGGCCGUGACUCUUGGUGGCACGAGGAGGCCGAGAAGUGGCCUUCCUACAUUCCCCCCACGGCCGUCAACUCGGAGGACCCCAUGUUCCUUCUCUACACUUCGGGCUCUACCGGCAAGCCCAAGGGUGUCAUGCACACCACCGGAGGCUACCUCGUAGGCGCGGCUGCCACCGGCAAGUACGUCUUCGACCUCCACCCCGGUGAUGUCCACUUCUGUGGUGGUGACGUCGGUUGGAUCACUGGCCAUACCUAUGUCGUCUACGCUCCUCUCCUCCUCGGUGUGACCACCGUCGUUUUCGAGGGUACCCCGGCGUACCCCAACUUCUCUAGGUACUGGGAUAUCAUCGAUAAGCACCACGUCUCCCACUUCUACGUCGCCCCCACCGCGCUCCGUCUCCUCAAGCGUGCUGGUGACCACCACGUCCGCAACGAGAUGGGCAAUCUCCGCGUGCUAGGCACUGUCGGCGAGCCCAUUGCUGCUGAGGUCUGGAAGUGGUACUUCGAUGUUGUCGGCAGGUCGAAGUGUCAGGUUGUUGAUACCUACUGGCAAACCGAGACCGGUUCUCACGUUAUCACGCCGUUGGCGACUAUCACUCCCACCAAGCCUGGUAGCGCGUCUCUACCCUUCUUCGGCAUCGAGCCUGCCAUCAUCGACCCCGUCAGCGGUGAGGAGAUCACUGGCAACGACGUCGAGGGCGUCCUCGCCUUCAAGCAGCCCUGGCCUAGCAUGGCCCGUACCGUCUAUGGUGCCCACAAGCGAUACAUGGAGACCUACUUUGAUGUUUACAAGGGCUACUACUUUACUGGCGAUGGUGCUGGCCGUGAUCAUGAGGGUUACUAUUGGAUCCGCGGACGUGUUGAUGAUGUCGUCAACGUAAGCGGUCACCGCCUGUCAACUGCCGAGAUUGAGGCUGCUCUUAUCGAGCACCACAACGUGGCUGAGGCUGCCGUCGUGGGUGUUCACGACGAGCUCACUGGCCAGGCCGUCAACGCCUUCGUUGCCGUUAAGGAAGUCACGGAGGUCACGGACGCCCUGCGCAAGGAGUUCAUCAUGCAGGUGCGAAAGAGCAUUGGUCCCUUCGCGGCGCCCAAGGCGGUCUACAUCGUUCCUGAUCUCCCCAAGACCCGCUCUGGCAAGAUUAUGCGACGUAUCUUGAGGAAGAUUCUCGCUGGUGAGGAGGACCAGCUCGGCGAUGUUACUACGUUGUCCGAUCCCACCAUUGUACCGAAGAUUAUCGAUAUUGUCCACGAGAGCCUCAGGAAGUAA